AUGGACAACGGUGGGAAAGUGUACGGGUGGUACAUCGAUACAGCAGGUAUCGACCGGCGCGCCGUUCACAAGUUGCCCGCUCAGGAGAGCUAUCGUGGCGAAUGGCCGUACGGCUGCGACCAUAACAGCGUGCCAACUUCCGGUGCAUUCCAACUGCUGCUGUGUUCGAGUACUACGUAUGAAGUUUGGUAGUCCCUGCUGUGAGAGACAAACCAUUCGCCCUUCGAUGAGGGAAGAAUAUCAUUCCUAGCACCCCCAAGGGAUCGACCGAGCGUUUCGUGCGGGCGUUGGGCGUUGGGGAUGCUGUGUUCAUGCUGUGGCCGUUAUUACACCUCACAUCCUGAACAUCUCCGGCGAUUCCGGUAUGCAUAGCAAAGUCAUUUUUUCCAGUCAGUUUUCCUUGUUGUGUUGGCGAAGAGGAGUGUAGGAUUCCAUAUGCAUAUAUAUAAGAAUAUAUGUAGACUACUGCUCUAUGCAUAACAUGUCUGGGCGCUGGGCGACGGAACUCUCCAGGCAUUUUCUUGGGCAGGCGAUCGACUCUGCUAUCGAUUCCGAACAACCCUGUAGGGCUUUGCUUGUUUGGGGAAAAUUAGAACUGUUUGCG